GUAAGUAAGGGCGAAACAGUUGAUUUGUGGUAGAAGUUGACGACGGAUUGCAUCAUCAUCAUUAUUCAUCCAAUGCUAUCCAUCCCAUUCUCUUCUUCUAUUCUCUCUCCCACACAAACACAUAUUCUCACCCUUUUCUUUUCCCAGAAACCAAAAUUAAUAUUAACAUUAAAUCAAAUCAAAAAUCCCUCCUUUUCACCUUCUUCGUUCCCACCGAAGCAGCUCAUUCUCUAAAUCUAAAUCAAAGCGAUUCACCCACACGCGCCGGGAAGGUAGGUAGAGCACGAAAUGGUUUCCCGAGAAAACACGAAUUGGAUUAACGAUUACGGUUUUUAUGAUGAUAUUCCCGUUCCCGAUUCAACCUUCGCUCUUCCCUCUUCCGCCUUCACCUGGCCCACUCAGCCCCCCUUCAACCUUUCUUCCAAUGUCAGUGCUGAAGUUGAUGGCUCAUUAGGGGAUUCUGACGGUCUCAAAGAGUCUGGUUCAAAGAAGAGGGUUAGAUCUGAGUCAUGUGCUGCUACUAGCUCCAAAGCAUGUCGGGAGAAGUUGCGUAGAGAUAGGCUUAACGACAAGUUUAUUGAAUUGGGCUCCAUUUUGGAGCCUGGAAGGCCUGCCAAAACAGACAAGGCUGCCAUCCUGAUUGAUGCUGUCCGAAUGGUGACACAGUUAAGGGGUGAAGCCCAAAAGUUGAAAGAUGCCAACUCGGGUCUUCAAGAAAAGAUUAAAGAGUUAAAGGUUGAGAAGAACGAACUCCGUGACGAGAAACAGAGGCUCAAGGCAGAGAAAGAGAAGUUGGAGCAGCAGCUGAAAUCUAUGAAUGCACCUCCUAGUUUCUUGCCUACCCCCACUGCACUCCCUGCGGCAUUUGCUGCACAAGGCCAAGCCCAUGGCAACAAAUUGGUACCCUUUAUUAGUUAUCCUGGAGUUGCAAUGUGGCAAUUUAUGCCACCUGCUGCAGUGGAUACCUCACAGGAUCAUGUACUUCGUCCUCCAGUUGCCUAAGCUGGCUCUGUGCAAUUCUCCGGGCUUCCAUUUUAGCUCAAGAUUGUAUCCUAUCACCAAUACCUUCUUGCUUUGUUAGUUUUCUAUCUAUUCUAACUGGACCCAGUGGCUUCCGUUUGUAUUUGGCUUAUGAAUACUUAUGAAUUAAUUCUGGUAUUUUUGUGUAAAUGUUAAUAAGUUUCAUAUCAGUUUUAGUGGUUGCUGCUGUGUUCUGAGAUAAUCUAGUGAGGCAAACAAUACUUUUAUCUUGUUUUUGGCUUGCAAAACGGGGAAGUACAAAUGUUUAAACAAUCAAGGAAUGAAAAGUGGAAGGGUGAUUUUGUUUUAAA